ACUAAUAAAAACAACAUGGAUUCCGACGCUGUGGAUCUGGUAGAUUGGCCGGUAUCGCGCUUAAAAAAGGAGUUGGUCGAUCGCGGAGCUCGGACAACUGGGCGAAAGACUCAGCUUAUUGACAGAUUAAGAGCCUACAUCAGAAAUGACAACUUCACGCCAGCGUCCAUCAAACUACCUGAGCCUUCUGUGGUGGACUGGCCCACAUCAGGAUUUAAGCAGCUUCAAAAGGACCACCAUCUUAUCCUUCGUAAAAUAUCCAAGGAGCAGAUAGAGGCCUACUUCAUUUACAGAAUGGCUGAUGACAGACAAGCACGGAAUGAUUUAAAGUCUAUAACAAAAGGACAACUGAUGUAUGAAAGUGACAGAGUCUCCUACAUAUACAAGAUAAAACUAGACAAAAAGUCUGGAGAUCCUGUAAACACACACUGUGAGUGUCCAGCAGGGAAGGGGCCUCAUGGAAGCUGCAAACACAUUGCUGCAGUCCUCCUGAUGAUAAAAGAGUUUACAGAAUCAAGAGAACUCAGACUAGGGAAGUCGUGCACUGAUACUUUAAUGAUGUUUACAAAACCAAAAUCCUCCUAUGAUGUCAAAGCUGAAAACCUUCCAACAAAGAGAAAGUUAGCUGCAGACUUCCUCAGUGACCCAAGGCCAGAGAAAAGAAGAAACUGUCCUGGAUACAACGACUAUGUACAAUCUAUAGUUACCAAUUACUGCAGCCAGUCAUCAAAUGAUAUUUCAUUCCGAUACAUGUAUGGGAAGGCAAAUAUUCAGGCUGCUGUCAAAGACCACGACUAUUGCCAAUUGCCUUUUACUGAGCACUGGGUUGAUGAUUCCAUUAAGGUUACAGAAUCUGAUGUAGUAAGGAUUGAAGAGUCCACAAGACAACAGAGUGCAAGCCAGAUUUGGUUCAUCGAGAGGAAGUGGCGCCUUACAGCAUCAAAGUUUGGGGAAAUAUGCAAGGCCACUUCUCGUCGAAAUACCAAGAAGUUGUGUGCUGCAUUAUUGUCUGAUGUUCAAAUCAACAGUGAAGCUUUGCGGCAUGGAAAAAAUUAUAAGGCAAAAGCUUUGAAAGUAUUCAACAGCAAAUUUAAUGUAAAUGCUAAGAAAUGUGGGUUUUUUGUUUGUUUAGACAAGCCUUUUUUGGGUGCUUCUCCUGAUGCUGUUGUUGAUGGAAGUAGUAUUGUUGAAAUUAAAUGUCCAUUUAAUGGCAGAAAUGAUGUUGUGAAACCAGGGAAAAAUUUCAAAUUUUUGAAAUAUGAUGAUGAGGGUAAAAUUGUUUUGAAGACUUCAAGCAAAUAUUAUGACCAGAUACAAGGCCAGCUUUAUGUAACUAAAAGGUCUCUGUGCUACUUUGUUGUAUAUACCUUAAGCGAUUUGUUUGUACAGAAAAUCUUGUUUGACGAUGAAUACUGUAACAAUUGUCUCCUUCCUAAGCUAGAAACUUUUUACAAAACGUUUUUCAGAAGCUAUGUUGCAUCACUGUUUUAA